UAAAAAUCGAAAUUUCUUAACGUAACGAUGCCUAACAAAUCGGCAAAGCAAGAGGCGGUGAAGGCGUACAGCGAAUCGGCCGUAAGGAACAACCUGUCGAUUGUGGAAUACUGUAGAACAUCUACGGCGGCUCUGUCCGGAUGUACCGCAGGUAUUUUGGGAUUGACCAGCUUACACGGCGCUUUGUUCUACGUCCUCUCGAUUACGACGCUCUGGAUAUUGAUUCUGUGGAAGGCCGGCUUUUCGAGCUGGCAGAAGUACUUUAUCUCGAGGAAAUCGUUGUUGGUGAGUGGCCUAUUUGGCCAGCUCUUCACGUACAUCCUCUGCUGGACGUUUAUUUACGGCAUGGUUCACGUUUAUUAGUUUAAUUUGCGUUGGUUUUGUUAUUGGACUAGUCCUAAGGUAAUCUGGUAAAUAAAUUAUGGUUAGUAUGUGUUUGGUAUUAUUUACUGUAAUUUUAUGGCGACAACGUUGCCGACCAGAAUUGUACACGUUCUGUGGUUUAGGUUUGCGGAUUUUUUUUGUGAGAGUUUUCAAAACGUCUUGACAUAUUUUCACCUUAAUGUUCGAUCGUCUGAGACGGUCUAAAAGUUGGUGUGUCAAGACAUUCAGAAUGAUUUUAAUUCGCAUGUAAAUCUUGAAGGUGUCGACGUAGACGGCCGUAGUUUUUGGAAUUUGUUUUAAGCGAGUAAAUAAAUCUUAGAGCAGGGCAAGACGCAAAUAAAGUUAUAUUGGUUUAAUGAGAUGGCCGAAUGACCCUGUUAAAUUUGGCUAUAGAAUGAAGAAGAACACUGAUUACGAAGACGGUUGGAACGCUUUUAUUCACUUUGUGAAUUCAUUUGAAUACUUCUGAAUCGCAUUGAAGUAAAUCUAAUAUUCGAGUUUUGGAUUCGUUUUAAGGGGGUUAAUAAAUCUUAAAACGCAAGUGGUGAUUUAAGUGCGGCGAAGGUUCGGGAACAAAAACAUGUAGUAUAUAAUUUUUUAUAAUCUUUUUAAGCACAUUAUUUACACAAAUAUAUGUAUACAAAUAUUUGACGCAAAAUAAUUGGACACGCAAUUUAAUGUAAAUCUUCCCUCGAAUUUCAGCAGAUAGGAGUAAGAAAGAAUGUCAAAGGCAAAUUAUUCGUAAGGAAAGAAGUGUUUAAUGUUGUUCAUCGUGCCAGAGUUCGUGGAGCGACUCACACAAAAAACCGUAGUUAACAUUUGGAAAGCAGUUUUCUUUAAAAGUCCAAGAGAAGUUAGUGUUCAAAGUGUUCGCAAAUGUUUGGACCCAUGACAGGGUUCCAAGGAACAAGCCUCAUCUAUCGAAAGGGAAUAAAAAAUAUGAUCCAUGCUACACUACGAAACCAGUAGUUUGGAUGUCGUGGUAUCAUAGUACAGGGUGGUUUGUUUCAGAAUUGAAAAUUCGGUGUGGAGAUGUUUGAAAGUAAUCGAAGGCAAUGGAAAACCAAUCAAAUACUAAAUAUCAGAUUGAGAUAAAACCUUGUGUUGUUAGAAAAUGUUGAUUAAUUAGAAUGCCUUUUGUCACUUUACAGAAUAACCGGUACCAUGGAUCAGUAUAA